GAGAGAGAAAGUGAGCUCACGUUCACACAUUGGUAAAGAGGCUGGUCUUGCAAUGCCUUUGAAUAUUUUACUUUUAGUCAGUUCCCCAUCAGAGUCAGAGUCAUACAUCUAUGCUGAGCUGAAGCAAACUACAGCAAUGGACAGCACUAGAAGAUUUGAAAUCUAAUCUCAUACAUUAUAUCUCCUGGAUAUUUUUUUAAUUACAUACCCCCCACACACAAACACAAGCACACACACAUACACACACACACAGACGGUAUCACCCACACUACCACAGAACAAACACCUAUUCUGUCCUCACGGAUACACACACACGAGCGCACACACACACACAUCUCUCUUUAUCUCCUCCUGGCUUCCUGGAGGAUUGUGCCGGCUGUUUUUCAUGGAGAAAGUCCAGGGAGAAAUGGAGAUUGAGAGAUGGGAAAGGAGUGAAGACAUGUCAGACGCUGAGAAAAAGGUGAUUCAAGAGACCUGGAGCAGAGUAUAUGCCAACUGCGAGGAUGUCGGGGUCUCCAUACUAAUCAGGUUUUUUGUCAACUUCCCAUCUGCCAAGCAGUACUUCAGCCAGUUCAAGCACAUGGAAGACCCGCUGGAGAUGGAAAGGAGCCUGCAGCUGCGCAAGCAUGCCCGGCGGGUCAUGGGUGCCAUCAACACUGUGGUAGAGAACCUCAACGACUCUGAAAAGGUCUCCUCUGUCUUGGCCCUGGUGGGCAAGGCCCAUGCUCUCAAGCACAAAGUGGAGCCUGUGUACUUCAAGAUCCUAACCGGUGUCAUGCUGGAGGUCAUUGCCGAAGAAUAUGCCAAUGAUUUCACCCCAGAGGUGCAGAGAGCUUGGACCAAGAUGAGAAGCCUCAUCUACACCAACGUGAUUGCCGCGUACAAGGAGGAACCCCCUGGUGAAAGUAGUGACAGCAGCAGCAAAGUGACAGAACCCUCUACAGCCAACUUGACAUGCUGCCGUCCAACGGAGAGCAAUGUGCAUUGAAACAUAACAGCAUCCAAGAGAACGGCAUCACUCUCGUUUCCAGGAAUUAUUCUGUAUAUGCAUAUUAGAAGCUGGGAGGGCUUGGGGGAUUCUUAUAACCAGACUAACAACCUUACAGGAUAUCUCAUGUACACCAGCCCCCUUCCCAUGCCUGCAGAGACUCAGUUUCAAAUCACUUACACUGAGACUGGGAGAAGCGGGCUGUUUCAUUUCCUGGUAGAAGCAUUAAACAGAACAAGAUCAUCCGAGCUCCUGAUAUUUGUCAUAGCUUCAGGGAAUUUAAAUUCUACUACUCCUGCAAGGUGCAAUCCAGUAAUAACACUGAUUUCCUGUAACAAGAUAUUCCACUCCCACAGAGCGCAAGGGUCCAGGGCUCCACAUACUUACACAUGAAGGUAACUUCAUCCCCCUACUUAUUUGCACAUGCAAAAAGUGAAUCUCAAGCAUCAGUGUUUUCAGGAUCAGGACGAGGGUUGUAUAUGGACAGUCCAUUCACAGUAACAUCCAUGUGAAACAUUGGAUCAUAGACCUACGCCUCAUUUGAAUUAUGUCAAUUUGAUACUGAUGGGCCCAGACUGCGCUUAGUUUUCAUUUUGUAAUUGUCAUUAUGAAAAACAAUAUGAAAAAUGACAAAUAUGAUGAAGCUAAGAAGGAUUUUAUAUUUUAUCUUUGACAAACUUUAAUGAGAAAUAUCAAUGUUUAUUUCUAAUGUGUGGGGGUUUUUUUAAAUGAUUGCCUAAAUUGCUUGCUUUGACAGGAAACAAAAGACCCCUCAGACACUAAUUGUCAUUUAUACAAAAAAAUGAAUGCCUUAAUCUUCUAAAAUGGCCUUCAAAACAGACACUAAAAUAAAAUGAUAAUGUUCUGUAAAAUUAAUGUACUUUAAAAAGAUGACUAGUAUAGGUUUUUAUGAUUAUACACAGUUAUUGUUUUUAAGCAAUAUUUACUUUCUUUGUAAAUGUCAAUGAAUAUAUAUUUUCUCUCUUGCUGUUGUUUUUAGGAAAGGAAAAGACGGACUAAUACAUAGAAACCAGCUAUAUACUUCCAGGUCAAUAGAUUUUAUUUUAGGUUAGAGGGAAACAACAAAACAAGAAAUAAAAAAUGUACAGUCCUAGUGGCAGAACAGAGUGGGCACUUUUCCUUUGCAACAAGUUGUGCUAAAUCUGAGAACAAAAUAGCUACUGUCACUAGAGGUUCUUAGAUACUGGAAGAUGCAAGGCACAGAAAAUAAGUACCAUAUUUUCCCACAUACCACACUGCCUACAUGCCUUGUUUUUGAAAGGCAGAAUGAAGCAAAAAGAUGUUUGCUUGUAGUAAGUAACUGAGUCACAGCAGCUAGGGAGCAGGGUCUGCUCGUUGUUCUGAUCCUUGAGUCAGGUGCAGAUUUUACUUCCACUUUUGCCUGUAACUAGCAGAAAUUGUUCUUACUGUAUUUCUCACAUAAAAUGCACACUAUAACAUCCAGCAGCUGAUUUGGGGGGCGGGGGGGCGGGGGGGAGUGUGUUGUAUGUGAGAAAAUAUGGUAAUAUCAUCCGAUAGCUACUGAUACCACACAACCUGCUGAUCCAAAUAUAAUCCUUCCAACUCUUAUCUAAAACUCUCCAGGCAGGAACUGAUCUGUCAUUUGAUUUGUCUGUCAAACACCAUGCACAACUGUGGGGUUGCAAAAAAAUAA